CACCACCGCAAUUUUGUCCUGGCACGAGGACGAGACGAGGGAGCCAGGGGUGGGUGGGUCCGGCGCAGUAGCCUUUCCCAUGUUGACCGCACGAUCGCGUCCAUCGCGUCAACAGACUCCAUCAUCUCCGGACUCCCUGGCCCCGGCCAGGUGAGGGCACCACUCCUCGGUUUUUCCUAUUCUUCUUUCCUUGCCUUGUUCCUUCAUCUCCUCGAGUCCUCCCCAAUCGCGGCGUUCUUUCUUGGCGUUCGGUUAUCGUUUGAUUCAGGAGGAGUGGGAGCCGUCAUGGUGAAGGACAGCGCGUACUACGACAUCUUGGAGGUCAACACUGACGCCUCCGUGGCCGAGAUCAAGAAGGCGUAUUACCUCAAGGCCAAGCUGGUGCACCCGGACAAGAAUCCCGGUAACCCUGAUGCCGCCAGGAAGUUUCAGGAACUAGGCGAAGCCUAUCAAGUCCUAAGUGAUCCUGUGAGAAAGGAGUCGUAUGAUAAGCAUGGAAAGGAAGGUCUUCCCCAAGAUAUCAUGAUUGAUCCAACUGCUGUCUUUGGGAUGCUUUUUGGGAGCGACUAUUUUGAAGAUUAUGUUGGUCAACUUGCGCUAGCAUCUGUUGCUUCAGUAGGGAUGGAAGAAGAAUCAACUGCCCCAGAGGCAAGGACAAGGAUUCAAGAGAAGAUAAAGGAGUUGCAAACCGAAAGAGAGCAAAAACUUACUUGGAGCCUAAAGGACCGGCUUCAACCAUAUGUUGAUGGGAAGCAAGAUGAAUUUGGUGAUUGGGCAAAUGCAGAAGCGCAACGUUUGUCUCAAGCUGCUUUUGGUGAGGCUAUGCUUCACACUAUUGGCUACAUUUAUGUUCGACAAGCAGCAAGAGAACUCGGAAAAAGCAGAAUGUAUAUGGGUGUGCCAUUCAUAGCUGAGUGGGUAAGGGACAAGGGCCACCAUGUAAAAUCGCAGGUUAAUGCCGCUGCAGGUGCAAUUGCUCUGAUACAGCUACAAGAAGGGAUGAAAAAGAUUGAGGAGGGUGAGAACAAGGAAGAGCAGCUUAUGAAGAGUAUUGAAGAGAAAAAGGAUGCAAUGCUCAAUUCUUUGUGGAAAAUUAAUGUGGUUGAUAUUGAGUCAACGCUUUCACGUGUCUGCCAAGCAGUUUUGAAAGAAAAUAAUAUUUCCAAAGAUGUUCUGAAGCUGCGAGCUAGAGGAUUGAAAAAGUUGGGGACAAUAUUCCAAGGUGCAAAAUCACACUACCGGCGCGAAAACAGUCUGCGUGUUGAAGCUGGCACGGCAGAAGCGACACCGUCGCACUGAGGACAAAUCUGGAUAACUGCCACUGCUCCCCGAGACUUGAGCCCGACCGCCGUCGAAAGGAGCCAAACAUUUUUCUUUCUCAGAAGAUAUGUACCAUACGAAGGCAAAGUAUUUCUACCUUCUUGAUAUCUUGCUACAUAUACGGUAUUCGUUGGCCUGCGAAAUGUCAAUAUCGAUGUGAAUAAUAUUUGAAAUAACAGUGCGACCCAUAAUGAUAAGCGACUUUGGAUGUUUACAA